UAAUUGAGCAUGGGGCAUGCACCCCCCAAAUUAGAAGUCCCAUGAGCUGUGAAAUAGUACACACCCCCACUUCCUUUAUUUCUGUCCAUACCAUAAACAUUAGGGUUACCUCAUCUUGUUCAUCAAAAUUAAUCAAAUUCCCUCAAAAAUAUUCUCCUUAGUUUGCAAACUCUUUCUGUUUGUCUUCAUACUAUGAGCAAGAUAUUGUUUUUUGAACAAAAAGUUGAAGUUUUGGAUCGGAAACUAGCAAGAAACUCUGUGGAAGUAAAUGCUUAGUAGCUAGCUUAUGUUUAUUGUCUAUGCAAAGUGGAUUGUGAAUGCAUGGGUUCAAAUAGUAAGCUUUUCGGCUGGAUGCAUGGCAAGUUCAAUGGAAGAUCACAAAGCAACAAUACUAGUAAUACAAAGGUUCAUGCAUCUAACAAAAAUCAAACUCCACGAUUAGGAGCUCAAAAAGAGGAGUUUAGUGAUUGGCCUCAAGGAUUUCUAUCAAUUGGUACACUUUUUAAUAAAUCAUCAAAAGAUGAUAAUGUUAAAGAGAAUUCUCCUUCAUCUCAAAACCCUAUUCUUGACUUCACAUUGGAAGAGGUUAAAGAGCUUCAAAAGGAGUUGAACGCGUUAAUGUCCUCAAAUGAUCUCAAUUGUUUAUCUAGUUUAGAUGCUAAUAGAAAAGAGGACGACGAAGAUGAGGACGAAGACAAACCGGACUAUGAACAUGAUGAUACAAUGGUCGUGUCUAACAACAAUAAAGCCAAAGAUGUGUACAUAGACAACAAUGGUAGUAAACUUAUUGGUAAAAAGUCAUUGACAUUCCUCCUUAAGAAGGCGUUCAUUUGUGGUGUUGGAGGGAUGGGUCCAACACGUAGUCUAAAAGAUCCAACUCUUAUGGUCCCUAAGUCGAGAAUUAGUAAGAUCUUGAGAGCAAUGCUUCGAAAGAAGAUAUAUCCUCAAAGCUCUUGUCCAAAUAUGUCAAAAAAGAGGUAUUUGGGGAAUUUACAAACAGAAAGUAGCAACUAUGAUGAAGAAGAAGAAGAAGAUGAACUUGACAUCGAAAGAGAGAACAGAAUCAAGUGGGACAAAAGUGAUACAGAAUUUAUUGUUCUAGAAAUUUAACCUAUUCAUAUUAUGAAAGGCGAUUCUUACGUUUUCAACGAAUCAAUUGAUUCUAUUCGAAGAGACCUUAUACCAAAAGAAAAUGCAACAUCUUUUGGUUCUUUCAUUCAUAUGCAAAGAUGAAAUUUGGUCAUUUUAUCUUGGAUUAUGAAGCAUCAUUUUGACCAUGCAUGGGAUUGAUAUAUAUAUGUACAAGAAGGUUCUUUAUCUUUUCGUUUUUUUGGAGGACGGGGGUUGUUCAAGAGCAAAUAAGGAGUAUUCGUGUAUAUGAAUUAUUAUUAAACUCGAUCUAUUCUUAUCAAAUAUUACAUGAGAAAUUGAGUAUUGCAAAAUAAUGCAAACAAUUGUAUUUCUAAACUUGAAUGAGUUGAACCUCUCAAGGUAAUAAUAACUAGUACGUAGUGUAAUGAUUGAGUAGUGACUAA